CUUCAUGACUGGAAUCUUCUUCUUUUACCACCAGAGUCCAACCUUCAGUUUCUACUGCAAGAUGUUCUUGUUCAAUGGCUGGAUCAUACUGAUGGCCACCAUACUUUCUCCGUGCAUAACUCUAUUUUAUGGGCGAAGAGUAGAAAAUAUGAAGUUUAUGCAUCUCAGCAUCCUGCCACUCAAAAAUAUCUAUGGCAUUAAGUUCAUGGUGCAGGGUUCUGAGAAUCUGAAUAUCAAGAAGCCUUAUGUGAUCGUUUCCAACCAUCAGAGCUGUUUGGAUCUUCUGGGCAUGUUGGAAGUUAUGCCAGAGCGCUGUGUGACCAUUGCCAAAAAGGAGCUGCUGUAUAUGGGCCCAGUAGGCUGGGCUUGCUGGCUGUGUGGCUUAAUUUUCAUCGACCGCAAGAACAAAAAGAGUGCCAUGGACGUCAUGAACCGUGUUGCGCAGAUCAUGAGACAGGAGAAUCUGAGGGUAUGGAUGUACCCAGAAGGCACAAGAAAUCCAGAGGACACUUUGCUUCCCUUCAAGCGGGGAGCCUUUCACCUGGCUCUGAAGGCUCAGGUCCCCAUUGUCCCUAUUGUGACCUCCUCUUUAAAAUGCUGCUACAGCUAUAAAGAAAAGAAGUUAAAACCAGGAAACUGUACCAUCCGAAUUUUACCCAAGAUAGAAACGCAAGGCCUUGGACUAGAAGAAGUCACAGCACUGGCUGAGAGCACCCGUAAAUUGAUGCAGGAAACUUUCUAUGAGAUUUCUGAGGAUCUGCAUGGUGAGAAGGAAAUGAAACAGUGAGUUCCCAUGGAAGACAUCAGAGGACGUUUCAUCUCUCUUUCAAACCAUCAGUUGAUAAUGACUGAACUGAAUACAGGUUGAAUAUCUCUUAUCCAAAAUGGUUGGAACCAGAAAGUGUUUUGGAUUUUGGAUUGUUUUUAUUUAUUUAUUUUGGAACAGCUGUGUUUGCAUAUAUCUACACAAUGAGAUAUCUUGGAGACAGGGCCUAAGUCAAUCACAAAAUUCAUUUAUGUUUCAUAGACAUUGACAUCUUAUAUAUAUAGCCAGGAGGUAAUUUUAUACACACUAUGUUUGAUCAUUUUAUGCAUGAAACAAAGUUUGUGUACAUUGAACCAUCACAAAGCAAAUGUUCCACUAUGUCAGCCAUCCAGGUGGACAAUUCUGGAUUUUGGAAUUCCAGAAAUGUGAUGCUCAACGUGUAAUGAUGGUAAACUCUCAGAACUCCAUAUAGAUUAAGUACAGUGGCAUCUUAACAAUCCACACCCUUUUUCCUUUCCAAAGAAGGAGACUGCACAUAACAUUGAAAAAGACGCAACAGAGACAGCUCUUUGGAUGUAUCCAGAUCACUUACUUGUCAGGCUGUUAGUAAUAUCAUCUGCUGCACUGUAUAUAUACGCAGCCCCAGUGUUCUGAUACACGCUGGGACUGUAGAUACACUCUAUUCUACAUACAACUCGGAGCCGAUCAGAGAGAGAAAUUAUUUGGAAAUCAGAAUAAAGCAGUCUUCAAAUCUGUUUUGCAUACUUAUCAAUGGAAUCUGACCAUCAGGCAAUACGGAAGACACAUCUUUGUGAGACAUCAACUGUGUAGACCUUUGAGGCCCACUACCGAAUCAAUUUUACCACAUUAAUAGACCAAUCAUGAUGCUAUCCUUUUUGAUGUAACUCAAAAACUUCGAAGCUAGAUACAGAAGAAGCAGGCUUGAUAAAUGUUUCGGCCAUUGCUUCCUGAAUAUCACUUAUGUGUUGUCUGAAAGCAAUACAAUAAGCAUCUACAUUGGCUUCACCUUCAAGAAUGGAUCAAGACAGAUGCUGAGAAAAAUAUUGGCCAGCUCUUUCAAAGUGAGACAAGAUGAAAUCAUUGUGAGUUAAACCAUAGAAAAAAAAGUGGAAUUGUAGGGUAGCAGCUGCACAAAUUGAGUUGCUUCAGCUUUAUGCUUUUUCCUCCACUUUGCAAUUACAUUAUGGUGUUAUUUAUAUGUGACAUGAUCGUCAUUAUCAUCACCACCACCAUCACCAAUCUGUUUAAAGGAUGUUUGACGCCAAAUGGUAAUGUGGAAGUCAUUUAAAAAUAUGUGAAAGUGUAGGCUCCCUCUCUGCACAUGUUGCUAUGCAUUUGGAAUUGAAGAGUGUAGAAAUAAGAUGCUAGUUACAGAGUAUGGGUUCUUGGUAGGGAACUUCUAUAGCUUUUUUUCUAGAACGGGAUGAGCAACUGUGCAGAGGACAUUCUUCCUGUGUGCAUGUGCCACUGGUGGGCUGCAUCAAGUGUGCUUUGGUACCUCUCAAGUCAUCUAGUACAGGCAGUCCCCGAGUUACGAACAAUUCAAUGUUAAUUUUUAUUUAUCAUGUCAGAAUCGAGGGCACAGUUGUAAUGUAUUUGAAAAUGCCAACACAGUUUAAAAACUUGGCAUUAUACUAAAAAUCCUUUAACCAGUAGCUGGCCACUUGGACUGCCUCUGGUGUUGCUAUUAGAAGGUCCUCCACUGUGCAUGUGGCAGGACUCAGGCUGCAUCGUAAUAGGUGGUCUGUGGUUUGUUCUUCUCUACACUUGCAUGUUGUGGACUCCACUUUGUGGCCCCAUUUCUUAAGGUUGGCUCUGCAUCUUGUGGUGCCAGAGCGCAAUCUGUUCAGCGCCUUCCAAGUCGCCCAGUCUUCUGUGUUUCCAGGGGGAUGUUUCUCAUUCUGUAUCAGCCAUGAAUUGAGGUUCUGGGUGAACUAGGGGGAGCACACUGCCCCAUUAUGAGGUGGUUUAGACAGUUUGGGGAUAGUUUUUCAAUAAAAUAAAUUCACCCACCCAAAAGCCCUGUGGGCUCUGAUAGGCUUCUGGUGAACUUAGGGGCUGCACUUACAGGCCUAUGGGAUGCAGGUUGUCAAACGAUUGCAUUUUGCCCAACCUAUUCCACAGAAACACAGAAACCCAAGAAAAACUCACAAGAGGAACUUUUAACUGCAAAUGCAAGGCAAGAAUGUGAAUGUGAGUGCUCAUAUGGCAACACUGAUGGACUCCCCUUAAUCCAAACACAAUACUGAUCUACGCCUGUAACAAUAUAUUCAGCAGGCCUGUGGUGGAGACCCUUUUUUCAAUAGUGUAACAAUUUUUAAUAUAUUUUCGUGGGCUGAAUAUAGAAAACACACAGUUAUUUUACAAAUUUAAUAUUGUAAAUUAAUUCAGUUUUGAUUAAGUGCAGAUGCUGAUGUUCCAGCAUGACUUCUAUUAGUGGUUUUGAAUGGAUUUUUGUCUAUCAGCAAAUUAAAAAGUGUUUGGGAAAUCUAA